AUGUAUCAUUAUAUUCCCCAACAUCCGCCGAGGGACUUUGUUCUCGAACGUAUCCGGAAAUUUGAUUUUUUUUUAGACUCGGUGCCAAGGUGUAAAUAUUCACCGACCGGCCGGACAGUAUCAACGCCAGCUUUGCCUCUUUGUACUAUACCGUGGUCUUGGCAUACCUAUCUCAUCUCUAUCUCUCAUGCAACCGAGAUAUUUUAA